UUUUCCUUGAAGAGAGAGACAGAAAUAUUCUUUGGAGUUGGCGAGAAUAGAAGGAAAAGGAGAAGAAAAGAUCGAUAGAAAAGAAAAUGGCCGCGACGAUUAAUGGAAAUGAAUCACUGGCAACAGAAGUUCGUUUUGCGCCUGUAACUUCGGAGAAAAAGGUUCGGAAAGAUCUGGAAACUUUGCUUCCCAAGCCAUAUUUGGCAAGAGCAUUGGUAGCUCCUGAUACAGAUAAUCCAAAUGGAACUCCAGGACAUGAGCAUAACAACCUGAGUGUUCUUCAGCAGCAUGUGGCAUUUUUCGACCAAGACAAUAACGGAAUUGUCUAUCCUUGGGAAACUUACACUGGAAUGCGUGCCAUUGGUGUCAAUGUAAUUUUCUCCUUUAUUCUGGCCAUCAUUAUAAAUGUGGGACUCAGUUUCUUAACUCUGCCUGGAUGGAUCCCUUCUCCAUUAUUUCCGAUAUACAUCAGCAAUAUUCAUAAAGCCAAGCACGGUAGUGAUUCUGGAACAUACGACACAGAGGGAAGGUUCAUGCCGGUAAAUUUCGAAAACAUGUUCAGCAAGUAUGCUCAAUCAGUGCCUGACAAGUUCACUCUCAAAGAGCUCUGGAAAAUGACGGAGGGAAAUCGUGUUCCAUUCGAUUUCUUUGGCUGGUUUGCGGCGAAGCUGGAAUGGGGACUUGUGUAUGUUGUCGCAAGGGACCGACAAGGUUUUGUGUCUAAAGAAGCCAUCCGACGAGUUUUUGAUGGAAGUUUGUUUGAGUAUUUGGCGAAGAACAAGCAUUCAUAUCCGGAGUAAAGGCAAUGCUCACUUUUUCUAUUAGUUGGAAAAGCUUAUUAGUGACACCAUUUAAUUGUAACCAAAACCAGAAGUAAAGAAAAAGAACUUGGCACUUUGUCAUGAAAACACAAGUUAUAGUUAAUCAGACAAGUCUACUACUAGGUUAGCUUGUACAAAAGUUGGACACGGAUAUAGUUGGCUUAUGAAUGGAUUUCGAUGAAGUUUCAGAACUUGGCACUGACUAGAAUUAAAGAGUUUUAUAGAAAUCUCAGGUAAUUACUGUACAUUCUUGGUAGUUUAUGUUACAGGAGUCAAUUUUCUUUACGGAAAUAGCUUAUUACUGAUAAACUAAUGGUAUAAGUGAUUGACCAUUGUAAAACUCAUAAAAAGUU